GCUCCCCUAAGACGGCUCGGAUCAAGCACAUCUUCGCGGGCCAGCUCGCACACAAUGUCGCCCGGACCAAUUAUGCUGGAUGACAGUGAUGAUGAACUCGUGGUGAUUUCGUCAAGCAAGAAAACCAAUUCUCACAGCGCGUCAACUGAAGGAGCUCCGCGCUUCCAACCGCAUCUAUCACCGGACGCCCACUCGACCCAGCGUGGCACGAAAAAUUCGAAGAGCCCAGUUCAUGACGACUACGGUGUCAUCGUCAUCGACAGUGACGACGACGAGAACCUCGAGGAGAAUGUUACGGCAGAGGCACUCGCCACUGUGCAGCGUGUUGCCACUCCACCAGGGCAUGAGCUAUUGGACUUUGCGGAGACACGGUACGACCAGAUCAUUGGUUCUGGCGUAAGCGUAGCUCUUGAUGAUGGCUCCUUUAUGCGGAUCGCUGUCGUGGUGCGAGAUAGCACGGCGCCACACAAUAUUCUCGUUGGCGGCAAUAUGCUUCAGCGCCACGGACACAUUGACCGACGCAUCAACCGGCACGGAUGGGAGCUACAUAGUUGGCUGCCUCGUCGCAAGAACGAACUUUGCGCCAUCGUGCGAAUGACGAACAACGGAGAAGUUCCAAAGCUCGGCGAGAGCCUGAUUUUCCGACCAUUGGGACAGGUCGGGCUAGUGCGGGAUGUGCAGUACACCAAUACGCCAUGGGAUGAGACGGCUUCCAAGUUCCAGAAAUAUGAAUACCGAUGUGAGAGACACACGAGAGGUCUGAUAUCCGCCGAGGACCAGUCAUGUCUGGAGUGUGUGGAAAACAGAGAAGCCAAUGGACCUCUGACCUGUCGAUGGAAAUUUAUCGAAGAGGUGGAUUUGCAGCGGAACAAAAUCGUCGGCUGGCAGUUUCGCCAACUGGAGCGAGACGAAUGCGACCCUGGCCAUGGUCUGAAUCCAGUUUCGAAGCUCGCAACGUUUAGAGGUCUCGGCCUGCAGCGGCAUGAAGUCUUUGCGAAUUCUGACCCGGGACUUAACUUCGGCCACGGCGCUCCAAAGCGCAAGGCGGAUCCAGAAAGCAGCCAACGUUCCAGUGGCGCGGGUCCAAAGCGCCCGAAGAGGCUCGUGGACGGCAUGGUGGAUUUGACUCUGAGUGAAUCUGAGCUGGGUACCGUGACAGGAGCCGAUCGUGCCCGCGAUGCCGUUGAGAGGAUCACUGUUACGAAUCCCGAGACUGGCGAAGUUGAGGAAUUCGUCUUCAAGGCAACCGAGGAUCUACCAAGCCAAUCAAGCUCCCGUUGGAAGGGGGAAGGCAAUGCCACGGUUCCCACGUCGUCGGCUCGCCGUCACCAUAAGACAACGUAUACAUUCGCAGACAUUUGCGCAGGAGGCGGCGGCACAUCCCGUGGCGCGGAACUGGCAGGCCUGAAGCUCGAAUAUCUCGUCGAUAACAUGCCCGACGCAUGUCAAACACUACGCCUCAACUUUGGCGGCGAUGUUGUUCUUGAGAUCGACAUGACGGACUUCGUUCAGAUAGAUGGAUCAUACCGCGUGGACGUGAUGCACGUCAGUUUCCCGUGUCAGGGUCAUUCAAGAGCCAAUAGAGGACUGAACCCCGAGAAAGACGCCGUAAAUAUCGCUCUAUCCUACGGCACCUUUGGAAAACUUCUGCAGAUGUGCAAGCCGCGCCUGGUCACGAUGGAACAGGUUACCGGCAUUCUCAGUAAGGACGACGGGCAGCAUCUACGGUCACAAAUUCACACCCUAAUCGCGAAUGACUACAACGUCAGAUGGCAAUCUCACGUAUUACGAGAUUACGGCAACCCUCAGGGUCGGCACCGGUUGAUCGUCAUUGCCUCGUGCCCAGGGCAAGCUCUGCCCGAUUGGCCUGAGCGCACUCACGGCCCAGGUCUGAAGCCAUUUGUGACGAUUCGCAACAUCCUUGAUCAGGUUCAGCGGCCUGGCCACAACAGAGAAGUUAUGCAGCACGCUGUGACACGCGAGCCAGGAGAACGAGCACCAUACAACCCCAAUGUCCAGCUAAUUGGUUGCAUCACGUCCAGCGGGGGUUAUCGCCGCGACAAGCACUCCAAUAAUUAUCACCCGUCUGGCACACGCGACUUCACUUUUCAAGAAAAAGCCCAGCUCCAGGGGUUUCCAUGGUACCACAGCUUCUGUGGUGGCAAGCAAAUGGUCGGACUACAGAUCGGAAACGCCGUCCCGCCUGUCUUCGCUGAGAAGCUCUUUCGGAGCUGCAUCAAAGCUCUGAAAAAGACCGACAAGCUUGUGGAGGAGUACUUGACUCCCAUUGACAUUGACUAGUGUUGAGGCACACUUUCUGGGUGCAGGCCUCUAGGCCUCAGACCGGUCUGCGUCCCUCGCAAUGAGGAGCAUCGUUGAGGCGAGCACAACAAAAACAGCCAGCGCAGUACAUGGCAGAGUUGGAGGAUUGCUCAUUGCUUUUGGAGUGCGGCACAC